AUGGACCUUGAACGUGUCCCAGAGCUCUGGUUUCCAGAUGGCAAUGUCGUGUUGCAAGCUGAGGACCAUGUCUUCAAAGUCUUCCAAGGGAUUCUCGCUGCACGGUCGCCAAUUUUCAAGGAUAUGUUCUCAUUUCCACAACCGCAAGAGCGCGCGCCGGAAGACGAGUUUGAGGGGUGUCCACUCGUGCCAAUGAUGGGAGACUCUGCACAUGAGGUGGCAUGCUUUCUGCAGGCGAUAUUCGACUCAGAAUUCUUCCCCGCGUAUCCUGCUCGGACCGAAUUCGACAUCAUUGAGGGCUGCCUCCGCAUGAGCCACAAGUACCAAGUGGACUACAUCCGACAAAGAGCUCUCGUCCACCUGUCGUCCGGAUUCCCCACUGAACUUGCGCUACUUGACAGGCGACGUUAUAACUCCUCCGAGCUUGCUGCAGUGGAGCGGACAUCCUGGUUGCCACCUCCGAAUCCCGAAUACGGCAGCAUCCCGGUGCCCGUUCUCUUCCGAGCUAUUUCUCUCGCACGCGAAGUCGAGGCCCUGUGGAUACUCCCCCUGGCAUUCUACCACCUGUCGUCACAUCUUACCCACCCCGAGCGGCUCGCGCAUUAUCUCACGUUCCGCGACAACGAAGAGGCCACGUUUUCGGAGCGGGACUGGGUCGCAUUUCUCCACGGCCAUGGCGCCUUUUCCCACAUUGCGAUACCGCUGUUGUCGUGUGUGUCAAACUAUCGGGUCGACCCGCGCUGUGGCUGCCGAGCGCCUCACCACUGCGAAUCAGUUCGCCUUAAGGCGCUGGGGAAGUUCCAUGACCUGGCAGACAAACGCCUGGCACAACCACUGCACAUAUUUCGCAUCGCAGCCGACGGUCCACUGAAGAAAGUGUGCGCGUCAUGCUUUGAGCACCUCCAGCUGGCGCUUGCAGAGUGUCGCGAGCAGCUGUGGAACAAGCUUCCAAGAAAGUAUGGAAUUGGGAAGUGGGAGGAUCUGAGGAAGAUAAAGAAAGAAGCCUUGGGCUUGUAA